UUGUGUUUAACACUGAGCGCUCUAUUUUCGUUUAUAACUAGCCGCAAUUUUGUAUUAAACAAUUUGUGUCGUGCUAGUUCAAUUUUCGUUUCCUAAAUGAGUGAUACUACGGCUUGUCCAGAUGGCCCAGACAUAGAGAAGUACCUAGUGCGGUGAGAUACAAGUUUUAAUACUUGUUAUCUAUCAUACUCUUGACAAUUAAACAAGAUAUUACAGAUACCACGUUGGUAUUUAAUUGAAAACUGAUGUGCACUGUGCUCUUGUUAACAUUUUAUCACUCAGCGUAAUAUGCUUUUAGCUUAUUAAUUAAUAUAUCUGGGUUUGUUUAUACUUUAGUGAAAAAAACACAAUGACCGGUGCAGUUUCUUCACCAGAUGUUGCAUCAAAAGAUGGCGUCCAACUCAAACGAGAGUUGGGUUUAUUUUCCGCCAUAAAUUUGAUUCUAGCAGUAAUGAUAGGUUCUGGAAUUUUUGUAUCUCCGGCUUCCGCUCUAGAACAUUCUGGUUCCGUUGGAAUGUGCUUGGUUGUAUGGACAGUAUGUGGAAUUAUCUCACUUUUAGGAGCGUUAGCUUUCGCAGAACUGGGGACCGUGAUUCCUCGAUCAGGCGCUGAGUAUGCUUAUUACAUGGAUUCCUUCGGUCCACUACAUAAAUUUUGGGGCCAACUACCAUCGUUCAUUUAUUCAUUGGUCAUGAUUUUUAUUAUCAGACCCGCAGAAGUGGCUGUAAUCAUUUUAACUUUUUCUGAAUAUUUGUGUCAACCUAUUUUAGAUGUUUUGUGUGUACAUAAUCCCGAAGAAACUGAAAAAGUUAUCAAAACCAUAGCGUUAGCUGCUUUAGGUACAAUUACUUACAUAAAUAUAACAAGCGUCAAGUUCUAUGUUAAAGUACAAAAUAUUUUCGGAGCUUUCAAAGUUUUCGCUUGUCUUAUAGUAAUUUUUGGAGGAAUAUAUGAAAUAAUGAAAGGUAACACAGAUAAUUUGAACAAGGGAUUCGAGGGCACAAAAUAUUCUCCCAAAAAUAUAGCUUUAGCGUUCUAUAGCGGAUUAUGGGCAUAUGACGGAUGGUCGGCUGUUACUAUUGUAACUGAAGAAAUAAAGCGUCCAGAAGUAAACAUUCCCAGGAGUAUUAUUAUAAGUGUCCCAAUAGUAACUGCUUUGUAUGUUUUCAUGAAUAUGGCAUAUAUGACUGUACUCUCAAUACCUGAGAUGAUGAAUGCUAAAGCAGUUGCUGUUACAUUUGGUGAAAGAGUUUUGGGACCGUUUUCGUUCCUAAUACCCUUAGGUGUUGCUUUAGCCACGUUUGGGUGCGCAUUAAGUAUUCAGUUUGGUGUUACAAGAGUUUGUUACGUGGCUGCUCAAGAUGGUUUAAUGAUAAAAAGUCUGUCAUUCGUACACUAUAAAAAAUUAACUCCUUCACCAGCAGUAGUUUUGCAAGGAAUAGUCACAUUUGUGUUUAUCGUAGCCGGGGAUAUUGUGCAGUUGAUUGAAUUCGUCAGUUUUCUUAUAUGGAUAUUUUAUGGUUUGGCUUUCGUGUCUCUUUUAGUUUUACGGAAAACGAUGAAAGAUGUACACAGGCCAUAUAAGGUGCCCACAUGGAUUGUGAUAUUUGCGUUAUUAAUAGCAAUUUAUCUAAGCGUAACUCCAAUAGUGACAGAUCCCUCUCCUAAAUAUUUGUCAGCACUGGCUUUUAUUUUAGUGGGCGUUUUUAUUUAUUACUAUUUUAUCUACAAAAAGAAUUUUCCAGAUACAAUUAUGAAAAGAUUUACACGCUUUAUACAGAUAUUGUUUGAAGCAGUGCCUCCAGACAGUUCUCACGAAUAAAAACAUAGGACCCACAAUUUUGUGCCUGAAAAUAAACAAUAGUUAUUUAUUAAAGAGUACUGAAUACUUAUUUUCAUAAAAUGUUUAUUAAAAAUUAAUAAAACUGAAAUAAAGGA